UUCCGUCGAGCUCGGGGCCAACCCGCGUUCGCAUCCACCCCGGCGCGGUUUGCGAUUCGCGGAGCACGUCGUCGGCGAGCGGCGGAGACGUCACGCGCCCAUGGACGAGCAGGAGUUCCGCCGCAUGCUCGAUCUCUUCCCCGUCGUCAGGUCCCGCGACUACUGCGCUGAUCCUGGAACAUCAAGCAGAGGCGCCACGCAGCAAGCACGAGCUCAGGAGGUAACGAAGGGCAACAAAAAGAACUCAGCUGGUGCAGAAGAUCUAUUUCUGCAGAAAUUGAGGAUGGCUGCUGAGAAAAAGAUUGGAGCAACAAAGGCAGAGUUCUUCUGCAAGGCAUUUGAAGAAGCCCACGAGAAACUUGUUUACAAAGAGCUGAAUCUGGAUGCUGCUAAAAAGUUUCUGACUGCGUAUGAGAGCGGAUGAUGAAUACUGAGAUUGAAGAUCGGCAGGUGUCAAUGAUCCUGAUGUAUUGAUUGGAAGCUAUUGAUGCUGUUGAGACUUUGAUCGUAGGCACUUAGAUCCUUGAGCUGUCUUGUGUGCAGACAGUAGACAUCCCUUAUUGGUUAACUACUUUUUUCGACUUGUGUUAUCCUACCACCCAAAGAGGCUCGCUUAAUUCAACUAUUUGCAUUUGUAAUAGUCGGAUUACCUCAAAUUUCCUCAGAAUUUAUGGUC